ACUCUUUGGGUGCACUGCUCGCCUCAACUUCAUCAAGGUUUUAGAUUUCCCGGAUGCCCCCGGAUACGAGUCCAGUUUGGUGACAUCGUCAUUGGGCUGCUCGUCAUUGAUGUCGUCUGUCUAAAUGAGCACAGCUGUUGAUAUUACAGGGUGUCAUGAUACGGGGAUGAUAUAGGCUGACCAGAGACUGCUAACGAAGCUACGUGUAGACCUCUUUAUCUAUCUCUUUUUACAUCCUCAAAGAAUCAGAGGUUAUAGGAUGAAAGGUGAACUAGCAGGCAUGUACAGGACAUGAAGGUCUCAAGGAAUAUGUGUAUCAACUUUUAUCUCUGCAUCUUUGAAGGCAACACUGAAGGAGAAUAGAUCAGGAAGGGAAACCCAGUGACCUCUGACCUUUGAAAAUGGGACACAGAAAAACUCAGAAGCCAAACAGAGACACGCCUAACUGUGAUUGAUUAUUUUGUGUACACUGCAUGGAAUGCUCUCCAGUCUUGGUAAAGUGUAAAUCUGGUUUUCAUUGCACAGACCAUUGACAGUCGCAACUAUAACACCUAUGGAUGGGAAAUAUUAAAACUAUUGACUGGAUCUCAUAGCUCCACCAUAACAGCUGUGUAGAGGACACCAGCUGUUGGAUGUAUGGUUCAGGUUCAUAUUAAUGCCAUUGACUGGAUAUCUCACAACCUUCAUACACACUUUAUGGAGAACACAACCUGUUGGAUUUUUGGUUCAGGUUUAUAAUUAUUAAUAAUUAUUGACUGGAUCUCGCAGUGAUAAUCUACCAUUAUAAAAACAUAAACAUGCAGUAGCUGUCCAGAACACAACCUGGUGGGUGUUUACUUCAAGUUUAUAUUAAAAACUAUUGACUGGAUUUCAAAACUCCAGCAUGAAAACUGUGUAACUAUAUAUGGAAACAACCUGUUGGUUCCAGCAAGAUUCAUUCAACCAGGAGAUUGCAGUCAUCAUUGGAGUGAUAAUUGAAAAGAAACGGCGCUUGCAUGCCAUUAAUAGGAACUUCAUGUUUAUAUAUAAAUCAUUGAGUUAAUGAAUAACUUGGGAGAAAUCGCCAACCUUCAGAGCAGGAAAUAGCCAUUAUUAUCAACCAGUAAAUUCAAUCUUUGUUCUUCAGUGCUUCAUGUAUAAUGGACACAAGAUAUCCUUGGAUUCUCUGUUUUUUGUGUAGGACAGAUGUGAACAAUGCCUGCACGUCAGUGUAAUUGAUAUUCUUUAUUGAAUGAUUGUGCCAUGUAAAAGAGACAGACAGAACUCAUCGUACCUGCAUUUGUUUGGAAGUUCAAGGAAGAUGGGAACAGAUUGUGUCUAUUUUUGUUAAGAGGAACAAAAUUGAAGAAGGAUUUAAAUCACCGUUAGUCUGUGCUUGCUCUUUCUCCUUCUCGUUAUCUUAUUGUUUCCCUCACACUCGACCUUCCUCUUUCCGUCCCUCUAUUCGUUUGACCAUCUUUAUUCUCCUCUCCCUCUUUCUCUCCUCUCCAUCCAUCUUUCCCACCAUCUACGUCCUUGUGGUCUCUCUACAUUGUAUCUCUUAUUUUCCCACUCUUUCUCCCUUUUCUCCUGUUUUUCCUCUUUUGCUGCGUAUUCCAAUCCUAUCUUCAGUCCCCUUCUGGAUUUCCCCACUCUCUCUCUCUAACCCUAAUAGCAUCUGUGAGUUUUACCAACAUAUGAAUCACACCAAUCAAUACUCUGUUCUGUGAGGACCUUGUGGUAUUGUUCUCAUGAUCUGUACAUGAACGCAUUGGAAUCAAAUCUCUGAAUGAAAUAGGGUACAGAGUGUAACCUUGAGGACUUCACCAUCACCAGUCAUUCAGAGUGCAACGUAGGUUUACCAAGUAUCUCAUGAGAAAAUUCAAACUGAUCACUCUUCUACAGUUCAACACAUCCUGUCUUGUGUGAAGUACCAGCAAAAAGUCUAAGCUUGAAUUUGGUUUCAAAAUCUGUAGGAAAUUGGAGUGCAUUUAGUGCUGGAAUUGAUCAUUUUAUACAUGUGCAAACUUUGCUUGAACAAUGACAUGUGAAGAGAUCCAGCAGAAAAGCCUUGUCAUUGAUGAGAAGCACAUGCUAUAGUGUAAGAGAGGAUUUACCCAAGUGUAUCAAGUGGAUAUUUUAGUACAUACACGCGUACAAGUGCUCUUUGACAUGAUUUUAAGAGGAGACAGCAGAUUGAAAGCUUAGCAUUGGGUUCUGAUGCCUCUACAAUGUACAUUCCAACUACAUGUACAUUCCAGUAAAUUGUGUUUAUUGAAUGUGCAGAGUUCCAUUUCAUAUAUAAGUCAGUGAUGGUCUUCCAAACUUGUUUUCAUCUUGUAUCAUUUCUCAAAUAUUUAUCACUUUUGGAAUUUUUAGAGAAAGCAACAGAUUAUCAGCGGUUAGUGUGAUCUUUCCAUCAUACAGUUGUAGUAGCUGGAAACUGUUAUAUUGUUCAUACAUGUAAUUAUAACAAGUGCCUAAAAAGUGGAUACUUCUUGCGCAACCUCCACACAACUCGUCAAAACUUACUCAGUACUUCUUCAUGAUUGCAACUUAAAGCCUUCAAUGAAUUGCGGCCCUUCCAACGGUGCCGUUGAUCUCCGACCUUAGCGGAGGAAGAACACAAGAGAGAGGAGCCUACAUGUUAUCAUCAUAAGUACCAGCAAGCCUCCUCUCACUUGUUCAAAUUAUUACAGGGUGUGCAGAUGGACCACUAGACAGGGGAUCCCCCUCUCUUUAUGACGUUGAGUCCCUGACAUACAUGUACAUGUAGGUUGGGACAUUCUUCUUUGAUUACAUCAUCAUUUUGAGAUCUUGCCCAGUAAGAAAGUGAUGAUGGAGAUGAACAUGUUUGAUUGAUAUAUAUCUUCUGCCAUCUUUGAUUAACAUCUGUGGACGUAUUUCGUGAACUCAACCGAUGUGUACUGCCAGCGGAUAUAGUGACACUAGUCUUUCAUAUCGGACUGUUUUUUAAGAACAGGAAACGCCAUUCCAUAUCCAGUCCUUCAAGAAAUAAGGUUAUUCCUCUUGCCAACAUUUGGAUGCAUAUCUGUACCAUCGUUCUUCCAUCAAUCUAUUGUGGAUACAAGUGCCUUUUUCAGGAAAGAAAAGUUAUAUGAACCAUACAGAGAAUAUAUAAGAAUAAUAGAUUUGUGCAAUACAAUAUUAAUAGAAAUCAUCAUCUUCCAUAUCAAAUAAUUUAAUUAUGAAUUAAAUGUGAUAGUUUAUUGUAUAUCUAUACCAAAACAUCUAUAUUUUUCGACAUAAGUUGGCUACAAUUUUUACCGCGAUUUUAUCAUGCAGCAGUUAAAAAAUGCAUGACUUUUAAAAAGGAAUUCAACACUGAAAGAAUCAUACAUGUACAUCUAUGAUGGGAUUACGUUGAGCAUAAAAAACUCCCACAAAAAGUCAGCUGACACAUGUUGCAGUACGUGUGCUAUAUAUGCAUGACAUUAAAACAAAUAUUUGAACAAAACGGACUCUGAAUUGAAGAAAGAUGGGAGACUAUGAUGAAGACUUGGCUAGCGGGGAGUCGUUCCCCUCUCACGAUGACAUCAAGACGAUCGUGGAACAGAAAGCGAGGGAGCUCUUCAUGGUGUGCGACGUGGAGGAGAAGGGAUUCGUGAGUAAACGUGAUAUGCAGCGUCUCGUUGAUGAGCUCCCUCUCAUGCCGGACCAGCUAGAGGAGGUCUUUGACUCGCUGGAUGAUGAUAAGAAUGGAUACUUGACGUUGGAGGAGUUUACGGAAGGAUUCGGUGGAUUUCUGGGUCUAAACCCGGCCCCAGCUGAUCAUAAUGAGAGAGAUGAUGGAGUGUUGUAUACAGAGGAUCGUGAUCAUGAUGAGCUUGAGAGAGAUUUCAAACACGCGAUGGAAAGCAUCGGUGCUUCGGGGGUCAUUGCUGAACAUGAUGCGGUCAAGGAUCUUUGGAAGAAACUUCAUCAGGACGAGCCAAGUCUUCUGACAAACUUUGAGGACUUCAUACAACAUGUGUGCCUGGAUAUGAGGACUGCGCAACUCAAUACUGGGGAGCUGGAGAAUGCAUUAAAAAGCCGAGACACCAUACAUCAGCAGGACAUCAAGCAUCUAUAUGAGGAAAUGGAGAGACAGAUUAGAAUGGAAAAAGAAAAGAUUAUUUCAGGGGAAAAGGAGAAGGAGAGGAGGAUUCGAGAGCAACUAGAACAUGAUAUGAAAAACAAAGAUGAUCAGCUGAACACAUUACUCAACAAACAAGCUGAGUUGGAGCAGAAGCUUUAUGAACUGAGUCUGACUGAAACAGAGAUCAAAGAAGAAAAUGAAUCUCUUCAAGCACAAAAUGAGCAUUUAUCUCAGAAGCUUGAUUGGUCUCAAACUGAGCUCGUUGAAUCGAAGACCUACCUCAAAGAAAUGACAGAGAAACACCUGAAAGACAAGAGAGAAAGGGUCAAGAGUAAUGUCAAGAUCGCACAAGGAAUCAUGCAAGAAAGAGAAAGCUUGUUUGUACAGCUGGAAAAAUUAAAGGCUAUGAAUCAACAGCUUCAGGAUGACAGAGAUAUGAGGAUGAGCAGAUCAUUAUCAGAUCCUUCGGAAGACGAGAAGAAGAAGACCCUUGUCAAGCAAGGCUCCGUCAUGUCAAAUUAUUUUGAAGAAGGCGUCAUCGGGGGGGACGGAGAGCAUGUAGGUAGUUCAUCAUUAGACGGAGGUAGAUCUAGUCGUAGGAGUAGUCGUCACAGCAUACAGCGAUCAAGUAUUCACGGUAGGACCUUCUCAAGAGACAUAGCCCACCACCUACAGCUCAGCCAGAGCUUCAUGGACGAUGGGGAGUGCGAAGUCGAUGAUGACUUCCUGCAGAGUAGUGGGUUGCUGUCAACGAGUCUGACGUCGCACCCGGAAAGGGUUGUCUACGAUGAGGUGGAGGAGGAUGAACUGGUUGAGAGGAGCGAUGUCGUCAACACGAGAGCUGUUGAUAAGACAUCGGCGAGUGACAAGAGAAAGGCUUUUAAUAAUAGACAAGUAGUUGGGGAAACUACGACUGCACCUGUUGUAGAGAAUGGCUCUACCCCUAGCAUGAGUCCAGAGGGACAAAGGGCCGAUCCUGUAGGGGCCCAUACACCCAUUAAUCAGGCCUUAGCAGAGGCAAAGAAGCUACAGCUUGUUGCGGCUAACCGUACCCCGGAGAGACUCUUCAAGGUGGUGUUUGUUGGAGAUUCGGGAGUAGGGAAGACCAGCAUCAUUCAUCGAUUCUGUACAGAUUCCUUUACAGACUCAUUCAGUGCAACCAUAGGUGUUGACUUUCAGGUAAAGUCUCUGACAGUCUGUGGUAGCAUUGUAGCUAUGCAGCUAUGGGAUACGGCCGGUCAAGAGAGAUUCAGAUCUAUUACAAGGCAUUACUUCAGGAAGGCUGACGGCAUCGUUGUCAUCUAUGACGUCACAUCGGAAACGUCCUUCAUCAACGUCAGAAACUGGAUGACGAGUGUUGAGGAGACGACAGAUGAUCAUGUGGUCAAGAUGUUGCUAGGCAACAAGAGUGACUGUAAUGACGAUAGACAGAUCAAAGAAGAAGUAGGUCAUAAACUCUCAGAGUCAUAUAACUGUGAUUUCUAUGAGGUCAGUGCUAAAUCAGGCUCCAACGUGGUCGAGGCUUUCACCGCUAUGUCAAAGCUUCUCUUACUCAAGGAAGACGAAGAGAUUCAGAAUUCUCUCAACCUCUCUGAUACUGGAGAAAGUGGCAAGAGAUGCUGUGAUACAUCUUAGAUAUCAUCUCUCUUUGAGGUUAUGACUAUGAUGUUUAGUGUUAACUCAGGCUACCCUCACUGACACUAAAAAUAUUGGCAAGAGGUGCUGUUGAUAUCUGAGAUAUCAUCUGUCUUUGAGAUGUAUUUGAUGUUUGCACUAUCAGGCUGCACUAUGGUCUCACCAAAUCAGGCUCCACCAUGAUAGAAGCUUCAGAAUUUAUUAAUGGUCAAAGUCAAUGGAGGCAGAUGCAAGAGAUGCUGUGAUACAUCUUAGAUAUCAUCUUUAUUUGAGGUGAUGACUAUGAUGUUAGUGUUGUGUCAUGUUCCCCCUCACAGACACUAAAAUAUCAGCAUGAGAUGCUGUGAGAUCUUUCUUUGAGAUAAUGUAUAUGAUGUUGGUACUAUAUCAGGCUCCAAGUGGUCAAAAGUUUUCAGAAUACCCUCAAACAUUACAGAUGAUGGAGACAGUUGAAAGAGAUGCAGUGACACGUCUCAGAUAUCAUCUUUCUUUGAGAUGCUUUCUUUGAGAAUAGCACUUAAUUGGGGUCUUUCGUGGUCAAGGCUUCCAGAAUUCAUUCAAACGUCACAGAAAAUGGAGACCAAUGCAAGCAAUGCUGUGAUAAGUCUUAGGUAUCAUCCUUCUUUGAGAUGAUGUGAGGUCCUAUCAUGCUUCAACGUGGUCGAAACUUUCGAAUUUACUCAAAUGUCACAGACAAGUGAGUCAUCUUUCAGAUCACCCUUUGAUAUGAUGUCUAUGAUGUUAGCGCAACAACUAGGCUCCACUGUGGUCCAACAUUCUGAAUUCCCUCAAACAUACAUGUAGACAAUGGAGACAGUUUCAAGCAAAGCUGUGGGACCUCUGCAUGAUCAUCCUUUGAGAUGAUGUCUAUGAUCUGUGAGGGCCAAAUCAGGCAUCAACGUGGUCAAAGCUUUAGAAUGCACUCAAACGUCAGACAAGCAAGACAUCUUCGAGAUCAUCCUUCUUUGAGAUGAUGUCUGUGAUGUGAGGGCCAAAUCAGGCUUCAUUGUGGUCCAAUAUUCUGAAUUCCCUCAAAUGUCACAGACAAUGGAGACAGUUUCAAGCAACGCUGUAGGUCAUCUGCAUGAUCAUCCUUCUUUGAGACAAUGUCUAUGAUGUGUGAGGGCCAAAUCAGGCAUCAACGUGGUCAAAGCUUUAGAAUGCACUGAAACGUCAGACAAGCAAGACAUCUUCGAGAUCAUCCUUCUUUGAGAUGAUGUCUGUGAUGUGAGGGCCAAAUCAGGCUUCAUUGUGGUCCAAUAUUCAGAAUUCCCUCAAACAUCACAGACAGUGGAGACAGUUUCAAAAGAAGCUGUGGGAUAUCUGCAGGAUCACCCUUCUUUGAUAUGAUGUCUAUGAUGUUAGUACUACAACCAGGCUCCCCUCAUGGUCGAGCCUUUCAGAAUUUACUCUAAAAACGUCACAUACAAUUGAGACAGUAGCAAGAGAUGCCAUAGGACAUCCUAGAUCUUUCUUUAAAGGACAAGUCCACCCCAGGAAAAUGUUGAUUAGAAUCAAUUGAGAAAAAUCAAAAAAGCAUAACGCUGAAAAUUUCAUCAAAAUCGGAUGUAAAAUAAAGUUUUAAGAAAUUUUAAAAUGUCAUAACUUUCUUGGUUUACAUCCGAUUUUGAUGGAAUUUUCAGUGUUUUGCUUGUUGUAUUUUUCCCAUUUUUUCAAAUCAACUUUUUUGCUGGGGAGGACUUGUCCUUUAAGAUGUUGAUCUUGGCUCCCCAUUGUGCUUCAAGUUUCAGAAUUCAUAAACGUGCACAGGCAAUGAAGAUGGUAGACAGAUAUUAAUGCUUUGAGCUGUCCUAGAAUCUUUUCAAUUCAAAGAAGAGUUUUUUUAAGAUUAUGUAUUAGGAACAUGCGUAUGACUAGAUGUUCACACUCCCCAAUAAAAAGCGUCAUCAUCCUUGCUUCUCCCAAAGUGUAAUCAGGGUUCCGUUGCAUAAAAGUUGCUAUUAUGGUAACUUUGCCAUCCGAUGGUAACUAUCAUGGUAUCAAUGUUCAACAGCCAAUUAGAAUCAAGGAUUCCAUGAAAGAUACCAUUGCAUGGCAAAGUUACCAUAAUAGUAGCUUUUAUAUCCUACAUAAAUUAUGUAUGAUCAUGUAUGCUGAUUGGUUUAAAUAGCAUCAUGUGACCAAACAUAUUUUCACUAUUUUGCGAUGAUGUUGAAAAUGAAACGCCCACUGAAGAAAAAUUGCUAUUCCAUGACGUCAUUGAUGGAAUAGUGCUCUAUUCUAUCAUUGACGUCACAGAUCAUUGCCAAUGAUCGCGCAUUCUCUCGGGAGCAGGCAGAAUGCGCGUUCCGCUGAGCGCGUAGCUUCAGGAAAGUAGGUUAGUCAGCUUUGGUUCAGAUUAUAAAAAGAUUAACUACGUGUACAGAAAAACUAGAUUAUCAAGAUCUGUUGUUCCUACUUAUUAAAUGUAGCAUAUAUAACAAAUAUACCAGUCCCUUAUUUCAAAAGUAUAAAGGGAAUUAUUCAUCUGAUGUUGGACUGGCAUUACUAGUAAUUUUGCCAGUACAACCGAAGACAAAUAAUUCCCGCUAUACUUGCUCAAAGCCUGGGGGGUGUUUCACAAAGAUUUAAGUAUGACUUAGAGUCGCACUUAAAUACCAAGUUGCGUACGGUAUGAAAGGCUUGACAGCAUUGGUCAGAUCGUGUCAUGAGGACGCGCACUACUGCGUGUCUAUCAAUAAGAUCGCGCGUUCCAUAUCAUGUACGCGUAGGCGUUUAAGUACGACUUAAGUCAUACUUAAAUCUUUGUGAAACACCCCCCUGGUGUAUUUGUAUAUUAUGCAACUUGGCCCUGAUUGCUAUGAUAAUGCCUUUGUGAAGCAAACACCCAUCCAUCAUAGAAUGACACAUACAUGUAUAUAAUAAGUAAGAAUUAACUUUUUGAGAUUUUAUUUAGAACUAUUCACACGGAUGAGUGUUAUUUAUUGUAGAGUUGUGCUGGUUUCAAUUAGAGAGAGAAAUCACUCCUCAUGAUAUAAAAUAUGUGCCUUUUUCACCUACUGCCUUAACUGGGUCGCAAAAUUUACUGAAUUAUAUUUCAUGUGCAGAGAAAUAUUUUAGCAAACUGAGAGAAAUUAUAUUUGCACGAAGAACAUCAAGAUUUCCUGAAUGUGAAGAAUAGUGCAUGUAUUUUUUUUUUUUUUUUUUUGUCUUAAUAGUGGCAUAUCUAUUUAAUUGUGGUAGGGAGAAGAAUAUUUCCACCCAUUUAAAUUCAAUAAUUAAUUUAUUCAAGCAAUGUUAUUCGAGUACAAUAAUGCUAAACAAUAACAAAGGGGUAAAUCGGGAGUGAACACUUUCCAUUAUUAUAGAUCUAUUUGGACACUCUAAAGGAACAAAAUCUGUCUAAUUAUUGGGAGUGGUGAGAUAUUUCCACCCAAUUGCAUUCAUUUCUGGUUUACAAUUCACUCUGUCUUCAUAAUGGAUACUAAAAAUGUACUCACAAAGGGGAUAUUUCAAAGUUCAAUUAAAAACCCACCUCUUUCAGAAUGUUUGAUUUAGUCAAUCGCGCAUAGAGACCUGUAGGUGUUAUGCGUUUUUAAGAAAUGUACUAUUAUUAUUAUUAUUAUUAUAUUUUCCACUGUAAACCUGUUUUGACUUUCUGUAGGAGCAGAACUAUAUAAUUGUGGGAGGUAAUAGAAUAUUACUAUCCAUUUGUAUCAGUAAUUGGUGUUCUAAGUUUUUAAUAGGGGAAGUGGUCAUUGGAGAUUAAAAAUGUGAUGAAAUUUUGGUGUGUUUUUUGUCCUAUUAGAGAGUUUGUUCAAUAAGCUUUUAUGAGGUAUACAGAGCUGCCAAGUAGUACGAUUUUUCCGUAUUAAGUAUGUUUUUGCAACCAAAAUACGGCAGUACGUUUUUUCUUUAAAAAAUAAGUUUUUUGUAUUUUUUUUUUUUUUAAUCGAAAUUUAUUGAGAAAAAUAAUCUCUAUAUGUCUCUAUUUCAUAAAACGUACACAAAUAUGGUUAUUAGAUAAAUUUUUAUUUCAGGUAACUUUUUUUUUGUAAAAACCAGGUUGAGAUAUACACAAGUUUCAAUGCUUUUUUUUUCAUCUGCAAGAGCAGUGCACAUUUUAGCUUGCAUGAUGGGCGAGUGCGCCAAGCAUUUUAUUAUGAAAUACACUUUUUUUGGGGAAAAUACAAAAUAUUUAUCUCACACGGUAAAAAUACUGAUUUUUUUGUCAAAUUACUGAUUUUGGGGGAUAAGAAUACUGAAAAUGCAAAAUACAACUUGGCAGCUCUGGGUAUACUUAAUUUUCUCCUUUUUCAUUGCCAGUAUUUUGUUGAAUUUUCCCUUCAGAGACUGAGCGUUACAAACAGGGUGUGUACUUCACAUGUAUUUCGAAAGUUUUUUUUUAUAUUAAAAAUUGCUCUUGAAGACAUUGCAUAUUUCUCUUCCAUAGGUUUUAUACAGUUACUUUUCUUGUAGCAUUUUGUAUUCAUAAGUUACAUACGUUCAAACAUAUGUAAUUUAGUUGGGAAAAUAACAUUGUCUGAGGUGGUGUUGCGAGGAAAUAUUUGCAAACAAUUGAAAAUUUCUGCUGCUAAUCUACAAUUGAUAUGUCCAUUGUAACUAUACCAAAUUUAUUUUAGCACUAGUAGCAAGAAGCAGACCGGCAAUCAAGUGUGAAUUUGCAAUUAAUCGCCAGACUUGUGACUGAUUUUGUAACAUAAAUUUGACUUACAAUUGAUCACAACUUUCUUGCGAACCCCCCCCCCCCUUUAGUCCCCAUAAAGCCAUCAAUAUUUUAAUGUUAACAAUUAAAUGAUUUAUAGAUAGUAAUAAUGAUAGAUGUUCUUGAAUAUUGUUUCUAGCAGAUUUGGGGGCAACAUUAGAAAAGAUCACCCCAAAGCAUUCCAUUUUGCAAAUUUUAAAGUUUGAUUUUGGCUGUCAUGAUGGCAAAAUCUUGGGACAACUUAAGAUAAGAUGUCACCCCAAAGCAUUCCAUUUUGCAAUUUUGAGGGGCCGAUUUUUUAUGAAAUAAGGGCAAAAUCUUGGGGCAACUUUAGAAAAGAUGGUCACCCUAAAGCAUUCCAUUUUGCAAAUUUUAGGGGGGUGAUUUUGGCUGUCAUGGGAGCAAACUCGCCCGUCGCCCUCCUGUAUGUUUUAUGCUUUAACGCAGUAUAAUAGGUAAUAAAUUGAUAGACAUCAUAAAGUAUAUGUUUGAUUUGUUCACAAAAUUUAUGUUUGAAAAGUGUUCUUGCCAACCUCGAGACCUCGUAAGCUUGUCACAAAUCUUCUGACAUAUCAAUUGCCUUUAGAUGAUUUGUCUCAAAGAAGUGAGUUCUUCCAAAGCUUAUUGCCUUAGAUUUUUAAUAGUGCAAUUUUGUAAAUGUUUGUUCUUUCCAUAGAUUUAUAAAGUUGUCAUUCUAAAAUGAAAUUUUAAUCGUUGAGAAGCAUUCCUACUUAAUAUCAGAGUGUUUAUCACUUUAGCUGAGUUAUGUAGAAAUACAUAUUUUGUACAUAUCAAAAAUAAAGAUGUAUUUUAUAUGUAGAAGUACGAAAUAUAUCAUUAUAAACAUAUAUCAGAUAUUUGAAUUGGAUGUUGUUUAAUUUAUAAUAAUAAUUAAAUAUAGGUAUAUUUACCCGGGGAAGCCACCACUUCGUGUCUGAAAAAUGUUCUCCCAGCGGCCCUGCUAUUAUUAUUACCCCGGCUUUAGCUGGGCUGCCUAGGCGCUCAAGCAUUCAAGGAAUUUCUUUCUACCGGGUACCCUCAUCUGGGUUGAGUGCAGCACAAUAUGGAUAAAUUUUUUGUUGAAGGAAAUUACGCCAUGGCUGGGAUUCGAACCCACGACCCUCUGUUUCAAAGUCAAAAGACUAAUACACUGGGCCACAAUGCUCCAAAUUUUUGGGGGAGGCUAUAGUAAUUAUUGUUAAUCUUUUCUAAGCUCCGAUAGUAUAUUUAUGAAUGGUAGAGUUACUGUCAGUGUCAUAUACCAACAACAUUUGCUGAGUUAAGACUAUUAGGAUCACAAGAAUCCACUCGACAUUUGAGAAAUUCAAAUCCAAAAGGUAUCAUUAUACAUGUUGUGCAUAAUCUGGUCUAAACAAUCGCUUCAACUUGGGGGAACAUUAAGGCCACCGCACACCUUACGACUGUUCGCGAUCUGAUUUUGGAACAAAUCGCAUUUUGCUCAUUUUCUGAAAAUGUUAAUGGAACAUAUAAUUUAUUUGAGGUUAAAAUUAAUUGAAAGAAUACUGAUAUAACCAUUUUGAAAGAUUGCAAGCCUUUAUUUUGGAGUAAAGACCAAAUUAGUUUCAAAUCGUAGCCAACAUUACGACUGCUAUGACGUCAUUACGACUAGAUAUUAAAUUUUAUUUUAUUCUAAGAAAGAUGAUAGCAUAGUCACAGAUUUGAACAUAGGUAUUCGUACGAUGAUUUAGAACAUUACACAGUAAGAUAUUCCAAGUUUCAAUAUUAGCAUCAAAUUCUACUGCAUUUUAUUCUGAAAUUGGGUCGCAGACCAGUCGUAAGGUGUGCGGUCGCCUUUAGACAUACGGAGAGUUAACUUAUAUGUAAGUUUACCUGUACAUGUAAUAAUGAUAAUGAAAUUCCACUUCUAAAUAGCACUUAAUAAUAUAAAAUGAUCUCAACAACGUCUCUAAGCACGUUACAGAUAUAUUAUUACAUGUAUUUGUAUAUUUUCUCAAGGUAGCACUAUAGAAAGAGAUUGUGGUGUACAAGUAACAAUUUAGAUACAGCUUGUAAGGAGAAACCAAAGACUAAACACCGCAUCCUGUGAAACUGUUGGAGCUCAUUUUGCCAAUUUAUGUUUAAUAUGUUUUAACUUUUAAUAUUCAUCGCUUUCUUUGGGGGGUUUUGGACUGGCAUUUGAUCAAUUUUUCACUGAAUUGAACCCUAGAAAUCAGUUUGCUUCCAUAGUACCCGAUGAUAUAGUACUUCAGGAUUUGAAUACGAUAAAUUUAUAAAUUUAUAAUCCAAUUCAUUAUGGUUUGUGCCUUUACAGAUAGUGCCUAGUACAGAGCUGGUGCCUUAAUCAAAAAGUUAUAUAAUGUAUUAUUUUUUUAUUUUGAGAAAUGAUAUAUUUAUGCGGUACUCGUGCAUAUCUUUACAAUUCAUGCAUUUCAUAAUACAUCUGUGCAGGUUGUAUUUCUGGUUUAAUCCUGAGAUAGUGGGUUGCAGUGGUGUAUUCAUUAGCAUGCAUUUAAAUCAUUGUUUCGUUUUAAAAGUUGUUAAAUAUCUCAUUUAAAUAGUACAGUUUUGCUGGAAUCUCACUUGUAGUUCUACCUGUUAUUCCUUAUUCUUCCGUGCACAGAGGGGGGGGGGUGACAUUCAGCUAUGUUGCUGUACACACACAAGACCACAUAAUUUACAAACCUGCCCUACAUAUCCAAGUAUUUUUGCAUGCUAUUUUGACAAAUUUGCCCCCUAACAAGUACAACACCUAAAACGAGUAUGUUUUUUACUCUAUAAAUGUAUUGUACCAUUUUCCCCCCUGAUUUUGACCUUUUUGAUACCCUAGAUGUGUUACGCUCCAUGAUUGGCAAAUUAUUUUUUUUUUCCCAUUUUUGGGGUCGCGCAUAUGUACAGCAAAAUGGUUGAGUGGCCCCCAGCCAUUACCUUAAAUAUUUCUUGAAUUUUUCAUUUAUCAUUUGUAAUGUGUCCUCGCUAAGAAAAGGUGUUGACCUAAGAGAAAAAGAUUGCUUCCCAUGUAUUAUCAAAUCCACAUGCAUUAAAUGCCUUUUUUGUAAUUUAAAAUAUAAUUAGAAAAUAUCCUCGUCUAAAUAUCAGUACUGCAAUAGAAUUCAAUGAUAUUGUUAAACACUUUCUAAUAUGUUUACAUGUAUUCUUAGUUUCAUCGUACAAUCACUCUUCAAUAUGAAAUAAUGAGUUCUACUUAACAUAUGUUGUACUAAAAGCCCUAAAAGUAAAAAGUAACCUGUUUUGUUGAGUUUGUUAGUGUUUUGAUUGAUGUUCGAAAUAUUGUUUUGUGUAUUAUAUCAUUACUUCCAUUUUCUAUAUUUUUAAUUUGUUUCAUUUAAAUCAAUAAGUGACUUUAUUUUACAUUAUUGAUUAGUCUGUUCACCCUUAGAGGUAAACAAUUGAUUGGGUUGUUUUCUAUGUACAGUGUUUCUUUUAUGUCAUAUCUCUGAGCCUUUGAGAUUUAUUUUGUUUCCAUUUGUGUGUAUAGAUUCUUAAUUUUCAUUGUUUGUUGUACUGUUUUUUUUUCUAGCUUUAAAAUUUUACUAGCUGGAGGUCAAUCUAUUUCUUGUUUAACUCAAAUUACAGAGAUUUAUUCCAGAUUUAAUGUGGUUUGUGCAGUGUUUCCACAACUCAAAAAAAUAACUACCCCCCCCAAAAAAAAAGGCAUUUCCUGGAAUAAAAAAAAAAUUGAAAUAAAAAUCAAACUGUAAUACAGCGAGCCUGAACUAAGGCCUGGUGAUAGAAGAAGGGAAUUAAAGACUUCUUUUUUCACAAAAUCACAUUGCAGAUUCAUCAUAGGUUCUAUGGUGGCCUUAAAGAUUAAAAUAUUUGUUUUAAAAAAUCUUAUCACUAACUUCAAUUAUUAUUCUGCUUUUCUCAUAUUCUCUUAAUCAGAUUGGUUAGAUUUCACUUAAUAUAUGUUUAUUUAGAGAUGAUGUUAAAAUGUGCAAUUAUAGAGUUUUAUUUCACUGAAUUAAGAAAAUAAAAUAAAUAUUAUUUUAUCAUCA